CUGGAACCUAAGUCCGAGUGAGAGAUUUCAUUAUGCCAAAAAGAGUGCUUUGCGGAUAUGGCAUUGAUAUCGAUGCCGUGAGUGGAUGGAUAAACACUCGCGACGGAAGCAAUGCAAACCCCACCGAUGUCUCGCGCGGCGUCUUCGGCGCAACCGUUGGCAUCAACCGCCUCCUAAAACUGUGGGACAAGUACAACAUCAAGGCGACAUGGUUCGCGCCCGCACACACAGUUGAAAGCUUCCCGUUGCAGAUCAAGAAAAUUGUGGAAAAGGGGCAUGAAAUUGGUUUGCAUGGAUAUACGCACGAAUUUGUCUCGACGUUGAACGAGCAGCAGCAGAGGGACGUGCUGGAAAAGUCGAUAAAAGUGAUCCACGAGUUUACGGGGAAGAGGCCGCGAGGUUGGACAGCCCCGGCUUGGAGCACGAGUAACGAGACGAUAAAACUGCUUGAGGAGUUCGGCAUCGAAUACGACCACUCCUUCAUGCACCACGACUCCCAACCCUACUAUGUCCCGUCCCCACACCUAACCACGCUUACCAGCACCGACGUCUCCAAAUCUGCCUCCCACUGGAUGACCCCCAUGUCCACCCUAAAACUCUCAUCUGUCGUCGAAAUCCCUGCAAACUGGCACUUGGACGAUUGGCCGCCCUUCCAAUUGUCCCUUACCCAAGCCUCAACGCAUGGCUUCGUUGAUACCGCUGUUAUCGAGCGGCUCUGGAAAGAACAGUUUGAAUAUUUGUACCGAGAGUGUCCGGAUGAUGGCAGCUUUGUAUUUCCGAUUACUAUUCAUCCCCAAGUCAGUGGGAAGCCGCAGGUGGUGCUAUUGCAUGAGAGGUUCAUUGAGUGGAUUAAUACUCAUGAGGGGGUGGAGUGGGUUACGAUGGAGCAGAUUGUAGACGAGUUUAAGAGUGGGAAGUUAAGUGGAGUGAGGGUUGAGGGUGGUGUCGAGAUAUAACGAUAUCUUGCCUUUUUGAUGGUUGCAUGAUAAUGGGAGGCGUGGUUGACAUUACAGUUGUGUAGUACUGAUAUCAAUAGUGUAUCAAACUGCUUAAACUGAUGACUGCAG